CUCUCUCUCUUCCUCCAACAGCUCGGCUCUUUCUCUCUUUCUCGAACAACAUCUGCUCUCUUUUUCUCCUAUUUCUUCAAGUAACAGUCGGCUGAAAUUCUUUGCUCUACUGUUAUGGAACAAGCUAGCUAAAAUUCAAGAGUUACUUGGAGAACUAAGGUAGUAAAAACUUAUUAAGAAACUUGUAUUCAAGAAGUGUCGUUGAAUGGGAAACUUGGAAGUAGUUUGAAGCCAGAUUCAUGGAACAAGGUUAAGGUUGUUCUUGAGACUUCUCAUGGCUUUGUAGUCACACAAAAGAAGAUGAAGAAUCAAUAUGAUUAUCUAAAAGAAAAAUAUCAAGCUUGGUUGCCAAUAACUAAAAAGGAUGGCUAUAUUUAUGAUCCAACAACCAAUACUAUUCUAAUGUCAAAUGAGGAGUGGGAUGAGUACAUAAAGGUUUGUUCACUAUCUAGUAAUUUUUUUCACUUUUUUAUUUAAGGAGAAACGGUUUAAAGUGUAUAUUGAAAGUAUAAUCUCUUAUAUUUGGAUAGGCUCAUCCAAAAGCCAUGACAUUGAGGAGUGCACCUCUACCCUUUUCAGAACUUUGUACAAUAUUAUUUGAGGGUUCUACUACAACAGGCAUUCAUGGUUGGAGUCCAAGUUGUACAACUCCGCGGCCUGGUGCCUCUUCCGUAGCUACUAAUAUAGAUAUAGAUUCACUUGAUGACAUUGAGGAUCUACUUGGUGAUAAAAAUUAUGGAGCUUCUAAAGAUUCUCCAUCUCAAUCUUCAAUUCUGAUUGAAAACAAGAAUUUGGGAAAUAAACGAAAAAACACAACGUCCCGAUUGGCAAUUGAUGAGAAGAUGAGUGAUGCAUUGGAGUUAUUGAUUAACAAAAAUAACACGCCUGAUGAAGAAGAAUGUAUCAAAAAAAUAGACAGACUUGGAUGGGGAGAGUCAUUGUACUCUGCAGCCCUUAGUAUAUUUUGUGAAGGUGAUAGCUACAAGAAAACAUGGAUGAUACUAUCAGAGGUUGACAAAUUAGAGAACUAUGUCAGAACCAUGGGGGAAAAUGGGGGAAUUCAUUGCUUUUGCUGAUUAGCUAGUAUUUAUAUUAGAUGCAGGUUUUAUGGAAUAUCGUCUUUAUUUGUUUUGAAUUUAAUUUUUGGAACUCUGUGGUACUAUAUUAUGCUUAUGGAACAUACUUUAUUGGUGAAAUGCACUAUUUCUGUGUGAUGUUAUGCUUCAUGAGUAUAGAAUAAUU